AUGACCACGAAUACCGUGUCUCAAGCUGCUCAAAUGGAGACUCAUGGGGUGCCCAAUGAUAUGCUCCCUAACCUGAACUCUAUUACAGUGAUAAUUGCACUGCCGCUCGUCACCAAAUUCGUCUACCCCUUCCUCCACAGCCGUGGUAUUCGGACGCCUCCCCUCCGGCGGGUCGCAUUGGGCUUCUUCCUGGAGGCACUGGGGAUGGCAUAUGCGGCUGGCAUCCAGGGCUGGAUUUACAGCUCCGGGCCGUGCUACAAACAUCCACGAGCCUGUGCUGCGUCGAUGAAUGGAUCUCUCCCAAACCACGUCAACAUCGGGUACCAGUCGCCGGUUUAUUUUCUGGAAGGCCUCAGUGAGGUCUUUGCCAGCCCCGCGGGGUAUGAGUAUACAUUCACCAAAGCACCAAAGAGCAUGAAAUCCAUCAUUCAGGCUCUGUAUGGCCUAACUGCGGCCGGGGGAUCUAUUAUUGCGCUUGCGCUUACACCAACAAAUAAAGAUCCUGAUUUACUAUGGAUGUACACAGGGAUUGCCGGGGCGAUGUUUGCGGCAGCGGUUAUUGUCAUGGUGGUUUCUUACAAACAUGAGGGGAAGACUAUGGGCACAUUGCAGAUGCCAGAAAUGUAA